AUGGUUUCCUUCAAAUCUCUCUGCAUCCUCGCCGCAGCCUCUCUGUUAUCAACAGCCACAGCCAGCCCCUCUCGCCACCAUAACAGCACCAAAAACUGGGCGGUCACCGACGAUGUCUCAUCCGAGCUCGCAGUAGAAGUCGGUUCCGGCACCGAGAUCAUCAUCAUAGCUGCCAACAACGGCGGCUCAAGCUCGACGAAGUACUACAACUCCCCAUCCAUGGCUGCAGGAACAACGCACAUGGUCACCGUGGGCGGAACAGCAGGUCUCGUCUACACGCCCAGCAGCAUUAAUGCCUCCGUCGGCGACAUUGUGCAGUUCAACUUCGAGUCCAAGAAUCACACCGUCACUCAAUCCUCAUUUGCGGCUCCUUGUGUAAAGACUGUUGGUGGAUUUGAUUCCGGGUUCAUGCCUAACAUUAACAACAGCCUUUCGCCGGCACCCAUGUUGCAGUUCCAGGUUACUGUUAGCACACCUAUAUGGAUGUUCUGCGGUCAAACAGGCCACUGCGGCGAGGGAAUGGUGUUCAGUAUCAACCCUACCGCUGCGAAGUCCCAAGAUGCGUUUUUGUCUGCUGCCAAAGCGCAGAAUGGUACGGCCACUGCUGCUGGCACUGGCGCUGGCGCCGCUGCUGCAUCAUCUAGUGGUUCGGCGACGUCUGGAUCGACUGCUACGAGCAGUGUUGCGGCAGUCGCUGCUGCAACUUCUGGUUCUGUUGUUGCGGCGGGAACUGGUACUUUGACUUCUGGUGGUGCUUGCUCAUGCUCUUGUUUGUGUGGAGCGGCAGCUUUCCCUGCUGGCGCUGGUCUUAAUGCUAUGGGUGGUUGGGGUGGUGAACUCUCAAUGGUCGCUGCUGCAGCCAAGAGGCGAUCUUUGUUGGAUCACACAGUGUAA